CGACAACCACCUCACCCGACAGAUCACCCGGCCUCAAUUGCUGCCCCCAAACCCUCCAUCGUCCCUGACUCACGUUGUGCAUCCUCCGAUUACCUCGCGCCACGCUCUUUUCAACCACUUUUUGGAAUAGAGACCCCGAGCGCGGCUAGAUCAGCCAGCAAACCGAAGAAAAUGGCGUCGGUGCCUGCCGCGACCAUCUACCCCCAGAGCCAUGUCGGUUUCGACAGCAUCACAUCCCAGAUCGAGCGCAAGCUGCUCAAGCGCGGCUUCCAGUUCAACAUCAUCUGCGUUGGCCAGACGGGUCUGGGCAAGUCGACUCUGAUCAACACCAUCUUCGCGUCGCACCUCAUCGAGUCCAAGGGCAGGCUCAACCCCGACGAGGUGAUCCGCUCGACCACCGAGAUCCAGUCCGUGUCCCACAUCAUCGAGGAGAACGGUGUCCGCCUGAGGCUGAACAUCGUCGACACGCCCGGCUACGGAGACCUGAUCAACAACGACCGGUGCUGGGACCCCAUCGUGAAGUACAUCAAGGACCAGCACUCGGCGUACCUGCGCAAGGAGCUCACCGCCCAGCGCGAGCGGUACAUCCAGGACACGCGCAUUCACUGCUGCCUGUUCUUCAUCCAGCCGUCGGGCCACUCCCUCAAGCCGAUCGACAUUGUCGUGCUGAAGAAGCUGUCCGACGUCGUCAAUGUUGUCCCCGUCAUCGCCAAGGCUGAUUCGCUCACCCUGGAGGAGCGGCAGGCGUUCAAGGCUCGCAUCAAGGAGGAGUUCGCGUUCCACAACCUCAAGAUGUACCCGUACGACAACGACGAGUUCGACGAGGAGGAGCGGGCUGUCAACAGCCAGAUCAAGAGCCUGAUCCCCUUCGCCGUCGUUGGUUCCGAGAAGUCCAUUAUCGUCAAUGGCAAGCAGGUCCGCGGCCGGCAGAACCGGUGGGGCGUUAUCAAUGUCGAGGAUGAGAACCACUGCGAAUUCGUCUACCUCCGGAACUUCCUCCUCCGCACGCACCUCCAGGAUCUCAUCGAGACGACUUCUCAGAUCCACUACGAGACGUUCCGCGCUAAGCAACUGUUGGCGCUCAAGGAGAGCAGCGCACAGGGCAGCAGACCGAUCAGCCCGUCGGCGGACCGCGAGCUCAGCCGCAGCUCGCAACGGAUGACCAUGAACGGCUACUAAGCCGCCCUGGGACUCCCUUCUCGGCACUUUCGGCGGAUUGUGCAGUGUUCUUGCCUGUACGACCGCGAAUCCUUUGAUAUCCCGGCAGAAGAAGUGCCAAAAGCUCUUACAGCAGGAGACGGCGUCCGAGACGGACGUUGCGGGGGGAGCGAAUAGCGCGGCGCAACUUCGAUGCGGUUUACAGGUCAUACCCCUUUGGCCUAUGGUGUUUACGUCUUGUUGGCAAAUCCGUAUUCCGUGGAUUGGCGUUCUUUCCCUCCUAUUUUCUUUUAGUCUCCGAAGCUCGUUCGCAUCUUUGCUGCCUCUUUUCCUUUUUUACUUAAUUACCCCGGCCCUCGAUGCUUGAUAGGGAUCUGGGCUUGCUAGUUUCGAUACCUGGCGGAAUACCAACUACGCGAUGUGCACUGC